AUGUCUCACUUUUUUCAUGAAGCCAAAUCUGCCAUUGGCGGUUUCGUAAAUGAAGUAGAGACGGAGUUCUCGAAGAUCACAGGUUUUGCGGACAGCGAGAAACACAGCCACACUCACAUUGGAGAGGCAUGCCAUGCACUCCAUGUGAAUGGGAAUGAGAACAGGUUUGGCAGUUUUGCUCCCCCAAGAAGUGGCCAUGAUAUUAAAUGGCAUAUCGAUGGGUGUGCGUACAUGUGGGCUGUGUCUGUUGCCUUGGAAGAGGCCCAAGAGAGUAUCUGGAUUCUGGAUUGGUGGCUUACCCCUGAGCUCUACUUGAGAAGACCUCCAUCGGCAAACGAAGAGUAUAGACUUGACCGCAUGCUUUUGGCUGCUGCUGAGAGAGGCGUGAAAGUCAACAUCAUUGUUUACAAGGAGGUUACUAAAGUUUUGACAUUAUGCUCGGAGCACACCAAGAAAGCUCUAGAGGUCCAUCCCAACAUUUCCGUGUUUCGUCAUCCUGACCAUGCUCCAAGUGGUAUUCACGUCGAAUCGGAAAUCAUUACCGACUUAAAGAACUUCAACUUGAGAGAUUUCGAUCUUGCAAAACUUCCGGAAGAAGGUAUCAAAGCAUUAUAUGGAGCUCGAAAUGAUGUUAUUCUAUACUGGGCACAUCACGAAAAGCUUUGCCUUAUUGACAGCAAGGUCGCUUUUAUGGGUGGUCUUGAUUUGUGCUUUGGUAGAUGGGACGUGAAUCAACACCCAAUUUCCGAUGCUCAUCCAAGUGACUUGGAUAACAUCGUCUUCCCUGGCCAAGAUUUUAACAAUGCAAGAGUGUACGAUUUCCAGGAUGUAACAAACUGGCAAGAAAAUAAGCUUGAUCGCACAAAGAACUCUAGAAUGGGAUGGUCGGAUUUGUCAAUGUCAUUGACAGGACCAGUUGUCGAGGACCUCCGGGCUCAUUUCGUCCAAAGAUGGAAUUUUAUCUUCAGAGAGAAAUACGAUUACAAAGAUUCCAGAUAUACAGCAUUGUCCUUGAUUCCAAAUGAUAUUCCGGAUGGAUACUACAACGAAGACGGUACAAAUAUUGGUUCAACUACUGAAGGUGCAAUCUCGGACACAAUCCGUCGCGCAGGUACCUUCUUUGGUGGUAUGGGAGGUAGUUUGGGAUCCGGAAGUGAUCAAAACGGCGUUGCCAUCCAACUUGUAAGAAGUUGUACGGAAUGGAGCAACGGAGUGGCUACAGAGCACUCGAUCGCCAAUGCUUACAUUGAGGUUAUUCGUCGCAGUCAACACUUCAUCUACAUCGAGAACCAAUUUUUCAUCACUGCCUGUUCCGAUGAACAACACCCAGUUGAAAAUAAGAUCGGAGCUGCGAUUGCAGAAAGAAUUAUUCGUGCUUAUCAAAAUGGCGAGCGAUACAAAGUUAUUGUCUGCAUGCCGGCAGUACCUGCUUUUGCUGGUGAUCUCCAUGGAGACGAUGCUUUGGGAACUCGUGCGAUCAUGGAGUAUCAAUAUAGUUCUAUUUGUCGUGGUGGUAAUUCUAUCAUGGAAACAGUUGCCAAAGCUGGAGUACCUGAUCCAAAGGAAUACAUCCGAUUCUACAACUUGAGGAAUUACGACAGACUCAAUGACAACAGCACGAUGGCUCAAGCAGAGCGAGAAAGUGGCGUCAGCUACGAAAGUGCUAGGAAAGAGCACGAUGAUAUCGUUGGUGCUGGGUAUGGUGGCUACGGUGAAGAGACCGGUGCUCGUGAAGGCCAAGAAAAUUACGAAUAUGAUCAAUACCAGAAGGCUGCUCCCCGAAGCCAAGAACACGAUACUGUUUCAACAUGCUACAUGGAAAACGGACCAUCUAUCACCUCCAUCCCAUGGAACGGCACUCCCGAAGCCGAACUCGAUGCUUUCGUCAGCGAAGAGCUCUACAUCCACACCAAACUGCUCAUCGCCGAUGAUCGCGUCGUAAUCUGCGGAUCCGCCAACCUCAACGACCGCUCUCAACUCGGUACCCACGACUCCGAAAUCGCCCUCGUUAUCGAAGACUCCAACACCGUCGAUUCCGUCAUGAACGGCCGAGAAUUCCAAGCCGCCAAAUACGCCACCUCUCUCCGCAGACAGCUCUUCCGAAAACAUCUCGGAAUGGUUGCGCCCCAAGAUUGGACCAAGCCAGAUGCAAACUACAUGCCCAUCAACAAAGACCCCAACGCAUACGACUGGGGCUCCGAAUUUGAUAUCGCGGUCCAAGAUGUCUUUUCCUCCGAGUUCACCAAUCUCUGGAAUGGACGCGCAGCCACCAAUACCGAAGUGUAUUCGAAAGUCUUCCAUGCGAUCCCGGCCGAUAACGUCAGGAAUUGGGAUGAUUAUCAUGAAUUCUAUGAGCAGUAUUUUGUAUCCCCCAGUCCAAAAGAUACGGAGGAGGAAGAUAAGGAGCCGGCAAAGUAUCUUUAUGGUCAUGUAGUCAAAGAAGAGUUUCCGGGUGGGGUGGAGGAGGUCAAGGAGGAAUUGUCGAGGGUGAAGGGUAUGUUGGUUGAGAUGUCGUUGUUGUUUAUGGAUGGGGUGGAUUUUGCGAAGGAGGGGUUGAGUUUUAAUGCUUUGACUGAUACGAUUUAUACUUGA